AUGAGGAAAAUGUCGGGCGAACUGUACUCCUGCUCGCUGCGCCACAUGCAUCGGGCAAUGAAGUGCCUGGGAAUAGUUCCCCUCGGACAGCACUUUUACCUGAAGAUUCUGUGCAACCUGCUGAUGGUGGUCGUGAUCAGCACUGCCAUCCUGUGGCGAUUUAGCUUCAAGUAUGAGUUCGGCUACGACUUCCUCAACGAUCACAUGUCCCGCGUCAUCGAUUUGAGCAACUUUGUGGAAUUGAUGUCCGCUCAUUUCAUCAUCGUCAUGGAGAUACUCUGGGGCAAUUGGAGCGCUGACAUCCAGCAGCAUAUGGAACAGAUCCUGCACGACCUGCGAGUCCACCUGGGCAGAGAGGUGAACCUGAAGCGGAUACGCCGCUACUCGAUGGCCAUCUACGGCUCGUUGCUCUGCCGCUAUCUGCUGCUCUUCGCUGCGGCUGUGUACAACAACGAGGGCCUGGUCUACUCUGCACUGUACUCGGAGCUGGUAAUGCUGCUGCGCUUCUCGGAAUUCAGCCUCUACAGCUGCGUGGUGUUGGUGCUCUACCAGGAGCUUUACUCAACUGGCUCCAGUCUGCUGCUGGAGCUGCACCUCACCCGCUUCGAGCUGUGGCCCCUGCGCCGCUUCACACUGGAGAAGCUCUCCCGCCUGCAACGCAUUCACGGCCACCUCUGGCAAACGAUUCGCCUCAUAGAACGCAACUUUCAGCGGAGUCUGUCCAUUAUGCUGCUGAAGUUCUUCGUGGACACGGCCUCCCUGCCCUACUGGCUUUACCUGAGCAAGAUUCAGCACACAAAGGUGUCCAUCCAAUACUAUUGUGCCGUUGAGGAGUUCUGCAAGCUGAUGGAGAUCAUUGUGCCCUGCUGGCUGUGCUCCCGCUGUGACCUAAUGCAGCGAAAGUUCCGCUCCAUAUUCUACAGUCUGUCUACGGGUCGCCGCAACGGACAGCUGAAUGCCGCACUCAUCCGCAUAUGCAUUCAGCUGGGGCAGGAGAAGUAUCAGUUUAGUGCCGGAGGAUUUGCUUACAUCAGCACAGAAAUGUUGGGAACGUUCCUUUUUGGCGUCAUCAGCUACAUUGUGAUUGGCAUUCAGUUUAACCAGAAUUUAAAUGCCAGCAAACUGGCAGGAAAGCAAACUCUGGCAACGGAUGCCCCAGUUUGA